CACUCUUUCGUUCAAGGAGUAAUAUGUGGUGCUGGAGAUGCUUGUUGUCAACUUGUGGUCGAGAGGAGGAACAGGGAGACCUAUGACUUUCUCAGGACCGGCAGAUUUUUCGUAUUAGGAUCAUUUUUCAUUACGCCGACGCUGAAUCGAUGGUUCAGAGUGCUGGAGAAAGUAAACGGUAAUCCUAAACUCGAUCCCCUGAAACGUAUGGCUAUUGAUCAGUUAGCAUUCGCACCAGUCUUUAAUGCAAUAAUUUUGUUCAACCUGCGAUUGUUAGAAGGUGUUGGAAUAGAAAAUUCUUGGAAACGGAUGAAGGAAGAUUGGUGGACGAUCUACUCAACAAGUUUGAAGAUCUGGCCAGCCGUUCAACUUAUGAACUUCUACUUGAUUCCUUUGAAUAUGCGUGUGAUUGUUGUUCAACUUGUUGCCUUUUUCUGGAAUACUUACCUUUCAUACAAGACACAAGUCGGUACCGAGCUUUCAUUCUUUAUCCUUUCAUUUUAUUGA